CUUGAGUUACAAAUGUUUUGACAUUCAUUCUGGAAAGUUUUUUUAUUCCCGACAUGUCAUUUUCAAUGAAAACCACUUUCCCUAUCAUACUCCUACUCUACAAAACUCUCUCUCCAAUUCCACCACCCACAGCUUUUCUGAUUCCUCCUUUCCUCAUGACUUCUCUACACAGCCAGCUCCCAAUGACAUGGUCUGCCACCGCCCAGCUGUUGGUCACACAAUGUUGCCUCCUUGUGCUCCAGCUCCCCAUCAUGCGGUAGUCCCUGUGUCCACCAAACCAGCCGAUCCUCACUCACCAAUCACUCCAUCGACUCCUACCUCCACACCUCAUUCUCCCACUCAAAGCCCCCGUCCAACCUCCACCCCUACCGUCACCCCCACCAUAGCUGAACUGGACUCCUCUCCUCCUACAUCCACCAACCACGCUACUUCUCACAACCUCUCACCACCAUCGCCUCCCCCGCCUAUACGGACUCAUCCCAUGGUCACCCACUCUCAAAACAACAUCUUUAAACCAAAGACCUUACAUCAUGCAACCAUGGCCUCCCCACUCCCUUCACCUAAACCCACGUGUGUGCCUCAAGCAAUCAAAGAUCCCCAUUGGAGACGGGCCAUGUCUGAGGAGUUCAAUGCGUUGAUUCGUCAAGGGACGUGGGAGCUGGUACCCUCUCACCCGGAUCAACAUGUUCUUGGCUGCAAGUGGAUCUUUCGAAUAAAACGGGGUAAAGAUGGGUCCAUUACACGCUACAAAGCACGUUUAGUUGCCAAGGGGUUUCAUCAACGGCCAGGUUCGGAUUAUCUCAACACCUUCAGUCCUGUUAUUAAACCCACUACAAUCCGGACUGUUCUCUCUCUUGCAGUUAGUCGCCGGUGGCCUCUUAAGCAAUUGGAUGUGAAUAAUGCCUUUUUACAUGGUGAACUUGAUGAAGAGCUCUACAUGCAGCAACCUGCCGGCUUUAUUGAUCAGACUCAUCCCUCACAUGUUUGCCGGCUUCGCAAAUCGAUUUAUGGCUUAAAACAAGCCCCUCGAGCUUGGUUUCGAGCUCUCAAGGCAUUCCUUCUUUCGCAGGGGUUCUUCAACUCCAAAUCAGAUUCUUCCUUGUUCAUCUAUAACAGGGGGUCUGUUGUGAUUUAUUUUCUAGUCUACGUGGAUGAUAUCAUUGUUACUGGCAACAAUAUUUCCUUCAUUACCUCUUUAAUCCGGACUAUGGGACAUCGCUUCUCUCUCAAAGAGCCUAGCGACCUCAGUUACUUUCUUGGCAUCGAGGCUGUGUCGGUGAAUGACGGUCUCUUUCUUUCACAGCAUCGCUAUAUUCAGGACCUAUUACAAAAGUCGGGUAUGACUGAGGCUAAACCCGUGGCUACUCCGCUAGCUUCCACUUCCAAUUUGCUUCUCCACACCGGCGUCACUCUUCCAGAUGGUUCAGACUACAGAAAGCUUGUCGGUUCUCUUCAGUAUCUUGCUCUCACACGGCCUGACAUUUCCUUUGCUGUUAGUCGACUCUCACAGUUCAUGCACAAACCCACUGAUGUUCACUGGCAGGCUCUUAAGCGAGUUCUACGCUAUCUUCGUGGCACUACCUCUCAUGGGAUCCUUCUCCGGCCACAACAGUCCCUCUCCCUUCACGCCUUUUCUGAUGCAGACUGGGCUGGGGACCGUGACACUUGUCUCUCCACAACCGGCUACAUUGUUUUCCUUGGAGGGAAUCCCAUUUCAUGGAGAGCGGCCAAACAGCGUGCUGUUGCUCGCAGCUCCACCGAAGCAGAGUACCGAGCCUUAGCUGCGUCUUCCUCUGAGCUUGUCUGGGUUAUUCAUCUGCUGAAUGAACUCGGCAUUCCCGUCACUGAUCCUCCUGCUCUCUAUUGUGACAAUGUGAGUGCCACUUAUUUAAGUAGUAAUCCAGUUCUGCAUUCAAGGAUGAAGCACAUUGCCGUCGAUCUCCAUUUUGUGCGUGACUUGGUUGACAAAACGAUUCUCCGCGUCUCCCACAUUGCCUCCAACGACCAACUUGCUGAUGGGUUCACCAAGCCUCUUCCUUCUACCAGGUUUAUCUGUUUACGGGACAAGAUUGGUGUUGCUGAUGGCACCUCCAUCUUGCGGGGGCGUGUUAAGGAAGGGUGUGUUCUGGUUAUUUCUGCCCAUAAAGGGGAAUUUGAAACUGGAUAUGAGAGGGGUGGGCAAACCCGUGAACCUGUUCAGCUUGCACAAACUUUGGGUGUAUCUACGCUGUUUGUGGUUGUGAACAAAAUGGAGGAUCCCAUUGUUAAGUGGUCAAAAGAAAGAUAUGAUGAAAUUGAAUCUAAGAUGAUACCAUUUCUGAGGUUUUUAGGCUACAAUGUGAAAAAGAGAUCAAAAGGUCCUUUUAGGAUGCCUAUAAUUGACAAAUUUAAAGACAUGGGAACUGUCAUAAUGGGAAAGGUUGAAUCUGGUACCAUGCGUGAGGGUGAUUCCUUAUUAGUCAUGCCAAACAAGGCUCAAGUGAAAGUUCUUGCCAUUUACUGGGAUGAAGAUAAGGCUACAUGUGCUGGACCUGGUGAAAAUCUGUGGGUUAAGUUAUCUGGUAUUGAAGAAGAGGACAUAUUAUCUGGUUUUGUGUUGUGUGGUGUUGCUGGCUAUAAGGCUGUCUUGCACGUUCAUUCUGUUGUUGAGGAAUGCAAGAUUGUUGAGCUGCUACAACAAAUUGAUCCCAAGACAAAGAAACCCAUAAUUAUGAAUGUUUUCCAUUCAGCACGGUAUCAUCCUCCUGCUUGAUAAUUGUGGGACUGCUAUAAUUUCUAUUUAUAUAAAAGCUGUAGCAUUGCUCUGUUAUUUAUGCACCUUCCAAGCUUUCAAAGGUCUGAAGUGGUCGGAAUCUCCAACCAAUAUUACAUUUUAUCAAAUGGUUUUCACUGGUAGUUUAUUUUUAACAGGGAAAGAAGUCUUGCUUUGAAGUAGAGACUAGCUCAAUUAUAUUUGAAACAUUUCUCUCUGUUUGAAAUUUGGUUCAUGAAUUAUAUCUUCGUGGCAAUAUUGUCUCAGGUGAACAACUUGAUUUGUGUUGAGAGAUUCUCAGAUUAUGCACAACUGGAAAGUUUACUCUUUGAACUGAAGGAAAAACAGUUGCAGUGGGAAAAGUCAUGGACAUUCCUUCAGGUGCCAGUGCAUAAAAAAGUUUUGUUGUU